UGGCUUUCCUGCCUAAGGCAGAACUAGAACUCACCAUCUCCUGGUGAUUAGCCCCAAAUCACCCAGCCGGUUUUCAUGUUUGCAGCCAGACUUGAACUCAUAGUCUCUUGCUUACUAUCCUGGUGCCUUAAACUAGCUAUCUUCCGUGGCAUGUGCGAAAGGAAGAGAUUUUAGGCUUGGCUCAAAUUGUGGGAAACGUCACCCCUAUAAAUUGGGGGGAUGUAAGGUUCCCUGGCUUCUCCAACCGAUCGCCCCUUCCGGUGAGCCCGCGUUCGAAUCCCAACCCCUCCCUUCCCAUGGUGCUCAGCCACCAAAUUAAUCCAGAGGGGCAUCCGGUUGAAUUUAAAAAAACAACCCCACCUCAUAGAACCAGGGCUCCCAAAAGGAAUCCGCUGGAUUUAUUUCCCAGGGAUUUUUUUCCCCUCAGUCAGAUCCCUCUUUCCAACUUCAGGUGCCUUUUUUCCGAUUUUAUUUUCUUUUUUCUUUUUUUUUUCUUGGCAGGUCCGUCCCCCCCCCCCCCAGGCACGGGAAGGAAUGGCGGCUUCGGAAACUGUGGACGGUAACUUCCUACAACCAGAUUGCAGGAGCCAGCUUCCCCCUUGCUCCUUGACCGAUGAUGAUCUCUCUACUUAUCCUGGCUUGGCUAACCUCCUGACGGGCCUCAAAAAACACGUCGACCCUUCGGGGAUGAGCAUCGCUUUGGCCAAACCGUUGGAAGAGGCCAGGAAAGAGAUGCAGAUGCACCGCGCCAACUGGCUAAAGUGGGAAGCCAUGCAUCGGCUCCUGCAGGAAGCUUUGCUCAAGCCGGGCGCCGAUCCCACCCCCCAGGGCAGAAAAUUCCUGGAAACCCUGGAACAGCAGCUGUUAGUAGUGGAGUUGAAACGGAUGCUUGAUCUCCAUUCGUCCCUGCCAAACGCCCGUCCGUCUGUCUUAGGCCUGGAAACCCGACAUUUAACCGAGUUCCAACCUGCUCGCCAAAACCUGGAACAAAUGCAGAAACAGCUCAGCCGAGGUGGAGAAGUUUCUAAAGGCAAAUGUUUGGACGUACUCAGUUACUAUCGUCCGAGAGGCGAUAACGUUGGAGUCGCGGCCCAGACGAUAAUGCUCGGCGCCUUGGCGGAGAGCCUGGCCACCGAGAAGCAGCAUCUGAAGGAGCCAGAGCUGAGCAGGAAGAGCUGGUCGGAUAAUCUGGAGCAGCAGAAAGGCGGCUUAUCCCAGGUCCUGUUGCGUUGUUUGAGCCUCCUGAAACGAUUGGCCCGUGAGUUUCGCCUUGGGGCCCAGUCCGAAGUGGACCAGGUCAACGCCCAGUAUAUGGAGAUUAAAUGCAGCGCUUUGUUGCUAAGAUGUAGGUUCGAGGAACUGAAGAUCCUGUCGGAAACUUACACUCCUGAGAUAGUGAAUGUGCAUCGAAUGAUCAGGGACAAACUGAAGGGCGACUUGGGCCAAGAGGAACAAGACCUAGCCACUUCCCGCAAGAUCCUUUCGAAUUAUGAGAUCCUGGGGCCGGAGUUUGAGGAGUUAGUAAAAGAAUACACCCGGUUGCAAGAAAUCAUUCAGAAUCGUCGGUGGGGUGCUGACCGAAUUGAACAAAGACUGAAAAGAGGCCACAUCUGGUUUGCGGACCAUUGAAAGGAUGUGCAGUAAAUGUGUCACACAAUUAAAAAAUCGAAACGUC